CACAGACACACCCAAGAUGCUGCCUCUCACCAGACUGAUGUGCUUGUUUUGCCUGAUGGUUCUUGUGGAGAACAGAAAGCCCACACCGAGGAGAUGGCCAAGGCACCUGGACACGAGGAGUCACUUGUACAAGAAGCACCCAGAUGUGACCAAGUCCGGCCCAGGAAAGCCUCAGCCCCUCCUGAGAGUGGACAACCAUGACUUCACCAUGAGGCCCGCCUUUGGAGGCCCAGCCAUUCCCGUAGGCGUGGACGUGCAGGUGGAGAGCCUGGACAGCAUCUCGGAGGUGGACAUGGACUUCACUAUGACCUUGUACCUGCGGCACUACUGGAAGGACGAGCGGCUGGCCUUCCGCAGCUCCAGCAACAAGAGCAUGACCUUCGACGGGAGGCUGGUGAAGAAGAUCUGGGUGCCCGACGUGUUCUUCGUGCACUCCAAGCGCUCCUUCAUCCACGACACCACCACGGACAAUGUGAUGCUGCGGGUGUUCCCUGAUGGCCAUGUGCUCUACAGCCUUAGGAUCACAGUCACAGCCAUGUGCAACAUGGACUUCAGCCACUUCCCCCUGGAUUCUCAGACCUGUUCUUUGGAGCUGGAAAGUUAUGCAUACACAGAUGAAGAUCUGAUGCUAUAUUGGAAGAAUGGGGACGAAUCCCUGAAGACGGAUGAGAAGAUCUCCCUGUCUCAGUUUCUGAUUCAGAAAUUUCACACCACAUCCCGACUAGCCUUCUACAGCAGCACUGGCUGGUACAACCGUCUGUACAUUAACUUCACAUUGCGUCGUCACAUCUUCUUCUUCUUGCUCCAAACCUACUUCCCCGCCACCCUGAUGGUCAUGCUGUCCUGGGUGUCCUUCUGGAUCGACCGCAGAGCUGUGCCGGCCAGAGUAUCUCUUGGUAUCACCACGGUGCUGACCAUGUCCACCAUCAUCACGGGCGUGAACGCCUCCAUGCCCCGCGUGUCCUACAUCAAGGCGGUGGACAUCUACCUGUGGGUCAGCUUCGUGUUCGUGUUCCUCUCGGUGCUGGAGUACGCGGCCGUCAACUACCUGACCACGGUGCAGGAGCGCAAAGAGCGGAAGCGUCGAGACAAGUUACCCUGCGCAUGUGGGAUCCUUCCGUCCAGAACCAUGAUGCUGGAUGGGAGCUACAGCGAAUCCGAGGCCAACAGCCUGGCGGGGUACCCCAGGGGCCCAAUUCUGACAGAGGAAGAAAGGCAAGACAAAAUCGUGGUGCACCUGGCCCUUGCCAGUGAGUCCAGCUCCUCCAGGAAGAAGGGGCUGUUGAAGGGCCAGAUGGGUCUUCGCAUCUUCCAGAACACCCACGCCAUUGACAAGUACUCCAGGCUCAUUUUCCCUGCCACCUUUAUCUUUUUCAACUUAAUUUAUUGGUCCGUGUUUUCCUAA